AUGGAGCCUCCAGCAAAAAGACUAAAACCUGGCGAAGGCAGCUUGCUCCGCCCGGGGAGAUCCACUAGGCAGAAUGUGCGAUAUACGGCCGCUACUCACGGUAGCACCAGCGCGACUCCCCUAAGUCACGCGUCAGAGCCUACGCGGGCAUCCGCCGCCCGAAUCUCUAGAGCAGCUCGAUCGGCGCGGCCUAGUAGCUUUAUCUCGGCGUCGCAGCUACUUCAGCAAGAGGAGGAGGAGGAUGGACUUCCCUCGGACUUUUCAACUGGCCUGUCAGAUUUAGAAACUGAGAUUAGCGAUGUCAGCAGUGAUGAAUUGGCGAUUGAGGCUGACGGGAAUGAAGUCGACCGACAGGUCGCUCGAGCUGUGCAAAAUCGCCGUGGUUUUGGCUCGCACCCGUACCACGUCAACAGCACGAGCCUGCUUUGCUUUAAAGGGGACGUAUCGGUGGUGCCUUACUGGCACACCCUGCAGAAUGUCAUUGGGGAAUUCUUUUCUCUGGUUCAAUUCCUGGACGUCCGCCCGUUUAGCACGUAUAUGUGCCGAAGUUGUCCAUGCGAGCUUCCAAAUUGGAACUUUGGCGCCUCGAGAUACUGCUCCUCAUGCUCACAUGGUGCCCUCGGACACUUUUCCGUAUUCAACCAAGAAAUCCUCAUCCCCAUCCAGCGGCAUGGCCAACAGGGCGCGGGCCAGGUUGCCUUCCAGAGGCUUCUUCUCCUGACAGACCGUAUCAUGCUUCGUCGGCUCAAGAAAAAUCACACCGAAUCGAUGGAGCUGCCGACUAAAGAGCUCUACAUCAGCCGCCAGUUCUUCAGCGAGCCCGAGAACGAUAGUGCGGAUCACUAUGACCUUGUCCUAAAGAGGAAUGCGGAGGGUGGGCAGAACAUACUGGAGUGCUGCAUCUGCGAGUCUCCUGCGGAGGAUGCCAUCACGAGCAAAUGCUCCGGACUGUCCCAGAUGCCACAUCCCCUAUCGAUCGACCUGGUGCAACCAGAAAUCGAACAAGACCAAGUGCUCUUCAAAAAGUCGUCGAUUGUGAACCGGAUUCGAAUGGACAAUUGGACAUCUUCGAGCAAAAUCGAGCUCUUAGUUCACGAACUCUUCCAGCUUCGUUCCGAGAAUUCGACGCACAAAUCAAUCAUCUUCUCCCAGUUCACAUCGAUGCUGCAGCUCAUUGAGUGGAGACUCCGACAUGCAGGCCUCACAACGGUCAUGCUGGAUGGUACCAUGACGCCUGCGCAGCGCAAUGCUUCUAUUAACCACUUCAUGACCAAUGUCGAUGUCGAGUGCUUCUUGGUUUCUCUCAAAGCGGGAGGAGUCGCGCUCAAUCUAACAGAGGCGUCAAGAGUGUUUCUCGUAGAACCGUGA